UCUUAUAAAACAAAACAAAAAAAGGUGAAACUCCCAACAAAAAAAGGUUCGGUCUCCUCGAAUCAUCUUGUUCAUAGUAAAGCUGCUUUAUGUAACCUUUUCACCACGAUCUUCUUGUGAUCUCUGCCAUUCUUUAAAUCUUUGGAUUCUGAUUCUUCCUCUGCCUUGUGUUAUAAAUAACCUGCAACUCAAGCAACUAGAGUCACAAGCAAAAACCAAACUCCAACUCCCGGUUUGGUUUAAGGAACCUCCUCCUUCAUUUUCUUGAAGACAGCUAAAACCAAGAAGAAAAUGGACAAGGUUCUGAGAAUGUCAUCCGAAAAAGGAGUGGUUAUAUUCAGCAAGAGCUCGUGUUGCUUGUCCUACGCGGUUCAAGUCCUCUUCCAAGAUCUUGGGGUUAGCCCUAAAAUCCACGAGAUCGACAAGGACCCCGAAUGCCGAGAGAUCGAGAAGGCACUGAUGAAGCUAGGCUGUUCAAAGCCAGUUCCAGCCGUCUUCAUUGGCGGCAAGCUCGUUGGUUCCACAAACGAAGUCAUGUCCAUGCACCUAAGCAGCUCCUUGGUUCCCUUAGUGAAGCCAUAUCUAUGUUAAAAGAAAAGGUCGGAAUGUAUUUCAAUAAGGAAACAAAUGUGAACCAAAUCUUUGUAAUGUGUUUUACUAUUAUGUUGGUUGUGUAACCUUACAAAUUAUAUAAAUGUCUUUUCGUUCAAGAACAAAGAAAUGGGAAGCCCACACGGGCGGGUGGUACGGCAAGCUUGGAAAGACGCUUAGAUAAACUCUGCACAUAUGUGAAUAGAUAAACUUUAGCCCCCACACCGAGUUUGCAAGGGGUAUCAGCAAGAACGCAACAAAGCUCUCUCAAAACGACAAGGCUUCAAGUAAUCAAGCAAUGGGCCGUAAUGAUCAGUCCAACUCUCAGCCCAUCAAGCAGAAGCCUAGUCCUCUGUCUCAACGGUCGGAUGCUCUGUCGGAUAAGAAGGGAAAAGGUAACUGAUGACGCAAGACAACAGUACGACCGGCUCUCCACCAUUACAGCUGAGCAAUCGUUUCUCAGCCCUUGAUGAAGCUAAAUCCUCAAAAUCUUGCCAUCUAGAAUAGUGAACUAGGGUUUCAAUUCAGUUGUAUAAAUACACUACUCUAUCUUGUAAUGAAACCAAGCGGAAAGCAAUUUAUAAAACUUUAUCUUUGAAGCUA